ACAAGACCAUAACGGAAAGAAAAGGAAAGGAAGGAAAAAAAAAAAAAAAAGCUCCGCUCUUUUUUUGCUAAAUCUCCAAAAUACCCCUGAUCCACACUGUUUCUUUUCAAAUCACUGGUCUCAUUUCCGAUAAUAAACCUUUUCCUCUCUUUGGUUUUCCUUCUUGAUGGAGCUUCAGAGGUGCGAGGAACAGGGCCUGCAAGAACGAAAGGGGCAAAAACGGAAACUGGAGGAAGAAAUUCAAGAGGAUAGAGAUGCUACUCCGCUACCUACCGGCGACGCCCGCCGUGCUCUCUUGGCCGAAGUCACCGCUCAGGUUAAGGUCCUCGACUGCGCCUUCUCCUGGCACGAAUCCGAUCGCGCCGCCGUCAAGCGUGCCACUCACGUGCUCGCUGAGCUCGCAAAGAACGAGGAAGUUGUUAAUGUGAUAGUUGAAGGUGGUGCGAUUCCAGCUCUAGUUAAGCAUCUGCAAGCACCUUUGUCUGAUGAAGGUGACCUAAGCUUGAAGCCUUUUGAACACGAGGUUGAAAAAGGAAGUGCUUUCGCUUUGGGACUUCUUGCUGUAAAGCCAGAACAUCAGCAACUUAUAGUUGAUUCUGGGGCCUUGUCGCAUCUUGUGAAUUUGUUGAGGCGAUACAAGGAUAGUUCUACUUCUCGUGCUGUUAUCAGUGUCAUUAGAAGAGCGGCUGAUGCUAUCACCAACCUUGCUCAUGAGAAUAGCAGCAUUAAAACCCGUGUCAGGAUGGAAGGUGGAAUUCCACCUCUUGUUGAGUUGCUUGAAUUUACUGACACAAAGGUGCAAAGAGCAGCUGCUGGGGCAUUACGAACCCUGGCAUUCAAAAAUGAUGAAAACAAGAAUCAGAUCGUUGAAUGCAAUGCUCUUCCUACUCUCAUCUCGAUGCUGAGAUCAGAUGAUGCUGCCAUACACUAUGAAGCGGUUGGUGUGAUUGGCAAUCUGGUGCAUUCAUCACCAAACAUAAAAAGGGAAGUUCUCGCUGCUGGGGCUUUGCAACCUGUCAUUGGUUUGCUUACCUCCUGCUGCUCAGAAAGCCAAAGAGAGGCUGCUUUGCUACUUGGGCAAUUUGCCGCAACCGAUUCUGAUUGCAAGGUUCAUAUUGUACAAAGGGGUGCUGUCAGACCCUUGAUUGAAAUGCUUCACUCUCCUGAUAUACAGCUCAAAGAGAUGUCAGCCUUUGCUUUGGGGAGGUUGGCACAGGACACGCACAAUCAAGCUGGUAUUGCACAUAUGGGUGGUUUGGUUCCUUUGUUGAAGCUUCUAGAUUCAAAGAAUGGAUCUUUGCAACACAAUGCUGCAUUUGCUCUUUAUGGUCUUGCAGAUAAUGAGGAUAAUGUAUCCGACUUUAUUAGGGUGGGUGGUGUCCAACGGCUGCAAGAUGGAGAAUUUAUUGUUCAAGCAACAAAAGACUGUGUAGCCAAGACGUUGAAAAGACUAGAGGAGAAGAUUCAUGGGCGAGUUUUGAAUCAUUUGCUGUAUCUGAUGCGCGUAGCCGAGAAGCCUGUCCAAAGACGAGUGGCUUUUGCUCUAGCUCAUCUUUGUUCUCCUGAUGAUCAGAGAACUAUAUUCAUUGAUAAUAAUGGACUUGAGUUGCUUCUUGGGCUUCUUGGUUCUACGAACCCUAAACAGCAACUUGAUGGUGCUGUAGCUCUGUACAAGUUGGCCAACAAAGCUAUGACGCUUUCUCCUAUGGAUGCUGCUCCCCCUUCUCCAACACCACAGGUCUAUUUGGGGGAGCAAUACGUCAACAAUGCUACAUUAUCUGAUGUUACUUUCCUAGUUGAAGGUAGGCGGUUCUAUGCGCACAGAAUCUGCCUUCUUGCUUCUUCAGAUGCAUUUCGUGCUAUGUUUGAUGGUGGUUAUCGGGAAAAAGAUGCACGGGAUAUUGAAAUUCCAAACAUUAGAUGGGAGGUUUUUGAGUUGAUGAUGCGAUUUAUAUACACUGGAUCAGUAGAUGUUUCAUUGGAUAUUGCACAAGAUCUGCUCGGAGCUGCUGAUCAAUAUCUUUUGGAAGGGCUUAAGCGACUCUGUGAGUACACCAUUGCACAGGAUGUAACCCUGGACAACGUUUCUAGCAUGUACGAACUCUCCGAAGCUUUUCAUGCUAUAUCACUGAGGCACACUUGCAUUUUGUUUAUCUUGGAGCAUUUCUCUCAAUUGAGCGACAGACCCGGGCACUCACAUCUGAUCCAGCGUAUAGUUCCAGAGAUCCGCAAUUACUUCGCGAAAGCGCUUACGAAUCCUAACCCACAUAACCAGCGGCUGUAGAAGGCUGGUUUUUAACUCAUCUCUAACAAGAUACGUUGAUGUACAGAAAUGUAGUAGAUGUUGUUGAUGUGGAGCCAAUUGAAGGUUCUCUAAUUCGUUUCUUUGUAGCACGGUUCGUAAUCGUUACCGAUGCCCGAGUUGUUUCGUGGUGUUUGUAGAAAACAAGGUGUAAGUUUCUCGUUUUAAUUCAUUGUCUUGUCUGCAUUUAGAUGUUUACACGAACAAAAACCUGUAUCACGAUUUGUUAGUUAUUGGACUUUGCUUUAUUAA